AAAUAAUUUGACUAUUUUAUUUUUCUCUAAAAGAGAAAUUCCACCUAAACGGUCAAAAAAGCCUUCAAAAACUCAACCGUGACAACAUUUAAACCAAACACCAUCCCGCGCCAUCUCAUGUUAUGCACACACACUUACACUCACUCCCCUGCUGCUACUUCUCAAACAUCUAUCUUUCCAUCCAUCCAUCUAUAUAAGAAACCUCUCCAAAACCUCAGACAAAGCUAAGCAAUGGAGAAUAACCGGAAAGCUCCUCUGAGACCAUGGAAGAAGGGCCCUGCCCGGGGAAAAGGUGGGCCGCAGAACGCCUCCUGUGAGUACCGUGGUGUCCGUCAACGGACUUGGGGGAAAUGGGUGGCAGAGAUUAGAGAACCAAAGAAGCGAACCCGACUCUGGCUUGGCUCCUUUGCCACCGCCGAAGAAGCAGCCCUCGCCUACGAUGAGGCUGCCAGACGCCUCUACGGCCCUGAGGCCUACUUAAAUCUCCCGCACCUCCGGUCCACCUCCACCCUCAACUCAUCCCUCAUCCUCGGCAAACAGAGCAGGUUCAAAUGGUUCACUUCCAAGUCCCUUGUUUCCAUGAUCCCUUCUUGUGGUCUUCUCAACAUCAACGCACAGCACAAUGUUCAUGUUAUCCAUCAAAAACUUCAAGAGAUCAAGAGCAACAAUACCAAGCUCUCUCCUUCGUCAUCGUCUUCUUCAUCGUCUUCUAGUUCUACCACUUGUAAGAGUUUGGUGAAUGAGGCCUUGAAUCCUCCAGUGAUUCCCAUGGAGAAGCCUCAGAUUGAUCUGAGGGAGUUUCUUCAGCAGAUGGGCUUGGUGAAAGAGGACAACAAUACACAGUUUGCUUCUAUGGAGGCAGCCGAGGAAAAUAGCUCACCUUUGCGAGAGCUUCAAGCGAUGACGGAGAAUGAGGGUGAUCUGUCAGCUGAGAUCUCAGGUAUCGAACAUGGUACCUUUGAUUGGGAGACGUUAGUGGAGAUGCGAGCUUUGGAGGAUCAUCAGGUGGUGGUUGAAGAUGACCUGCAUGAUGAACUAGGCAUGCCCAUCUCCAUCUGGGAUCUCUAAAGAAACAUGAGGUUAUGUAUGC